AUGGCCCGCCCCGCCAUCGCCAUCGACAUCGACAAGACGGUCGUGGAGGAGUGCCGGACUGUGCGGCUCAACUGGACGGGGUGGGACAAGUUUGAAGUCCAAGUACUCGACGCGCACAAAAAGUACCUCGAAAGCACGUGCGAGCCCACCGAAGACCCGUACGUGACGGGGAGCUACGACGAGUUCUGCGAGCGCGGCUUCUCGGACGUCUGGAAGGCGAGCGUGCGCGCGCCCGCGACCGUGUAUUUCCGGGUCAAGGACGGCUUGAAGCAGCAGGCCGACAGCGUCGCGCUGUCGAUUAUCAAGGGGACCGGGGACACGUCGUGCGUCAAGGCGGGCGAGAAACGGCGCCAUUACAAGAAAUAUAACUGGGCGAUCGGACUCGGCAUCGCGCUCGGCAUCAUCGCCCUCGUCGGCGUGUGGAUGUGCAUCAAGGAGCGCAGGAAGCGCUCCCACCCGGGUGGGACGGGCGGGCGGCAGUGGUGGCGCGUGAGGGGCGUGUCCAAGGCUAAAAGUCGCACGUUGCCCGGGAACGACUUUCUCGCGCUCGAGGAGCGCGCGCUCAAUGAGCCUCGAGCGCCGGCGGCGAGUGCGCGGGACGUUCGCAGGAGUCGCGACGACGCUUGGAACGCAGAGUCCGACUCGGACGACGAGGACACCGACCAGCCGCAGCUCCAUCCCGAGGAGGUCGACCCCGUGCCUCCGUACAGUCCGGGCGAGCGCAAAGACAAGUUCAAGGAGCAUGGGUAUCUGUAG